AUGCGCCGCCCUCUUCAUCGACCUCCUAUCCCUUAUCACUACCUAUCGCAAUGCUCACCGGACGACGAAGACUCCCCUAAUGUGCAAUCUCACCGCGUCUUCAUAACCAGCAUUCAUUGGAACAAUGAGAAAAUACUGCGCAGCUCGUGGAAUGCCGCCGUCAUAAGUCUGGUGCAAUACUUCGGCCCCUCGAAUGUCUACAUCUCGAUCUACGAAUCAGGGAGCUGGGAUGACACGAAAGGCGCGCUGAGACAAUUGGAUGAGGAACUUGCAACGCUUAACGUUCCUCGGUCAGUUAUAUUGGAUGAGACAACCCACGCUCAGAUAUUAGAGAAGGGCCCGGAUGCUGAGGGAUGGAUUGAUACGAAGGCCGGAAAGAAGGAGCUGCGACGGAUACCAUAUCUGUCAAGACUGAGGAAUCUAGCAUUGCAGCCACUUACCGAUCUAGACAAAGAGAACAGUACAAGAUUCGACAAAACCCUCUUCCUCAAUGAUGUCGCUUUCACAACCGCUGACGUGGCCUCCCUCCUCGCCACUCGCGACGGCGACUACGCGGCAGCCUGUUCCCUCGACUUCGCCAAGCCACCCUACUACUACGACACCUUCGCCCUCCGAGACACCCAAGGUCACGAAGCCGCCAGCUCCACCUUUCCCUUCUUCCGCUCUCGUGCCUCCCGAAAGGCAAUCCUAGCUCACGAGCCCAUCCCGGUACGCAGCUGUUGGAAUGGCAUCGUCGCCUUUGACGCCGCGCCGUUCUACUCCACCCACUCAUCCCAAGAGAAUGAACAGACAUCUACACCGGGCCUUAGAUUCAGGGGCAUAUCUGACGCGCUGUCAAUGAAGCACUUGGAGGGAAGCGAGUGCUGUCUCGUGCACGUGGACAAUCCGUUAUCUUCGACGAGAGGGGUGUGGGUGAAUCCGAACGUAAGAGUUGGGUAUUCGCUUGAAGCAUAUGAGGCUAUGCAUCCCAAGGAUGGACAGUGGCCAGGCUCUUGGGGUACAAUCGCUGGCGCAUGGAGGAAUAGGGUCAUGAGAUGGGCGACUAGUCCGAGGAUCAAGGAGGGAGUGGUGAGAAGGAGGGUUGAUGCGCAUGGCAAGGAGAGUGGAGAGAAGGAAAAGGGAGAGGUGUGUCUGAUCAACGAGAUGCAGGUUUUGAGGGGAAAUGGUUGGGCACAUGUGUAG